GAACGAGGCUUGGAACGCAGGCAUGGGCUUCUGCUACAGGGACACUUGUGUCAAGCGGUAAAAUUGAGCUUUGCUGGGGAAGUAGUGGAUUUCUGGGUAUAACGGCUACAAAGAAGUCUCUGUAGCUGAACUACAUCUCACCAAAGCAUGUGUUAAAUGGAAUGCUGGGUUUUGUAUUGGGCAGGUAUGUAGAAAUCCAUGGGUAUAUAGCAGGAGACUGGGUAUGGGAAUAGGUUCUUUUCUGCUUUUAGGUUUGGCUUAUGGUAGGGCAGAGGGAUUAUUUACCAAUGGCUGCCAUGCAUAUGCCAUAAUAUAUCUUUGGUAAAGGUACAAUUACUUUGCUCCUUUAUCAUUGGCUGUCACUAUAACAAUUGCUUCCUGUUAGGCUGAGUGUAAUUCUCAGUGGGUACAAUAUGGCGACUCUCCUACAGACGGCAGCGACUGGUCGCCAGUGUUUGGGGGCCGGGGGGGUAUUAGGGCGCAGGGCUGCCAGCUAUGCUUCCAUCAAGGAAGUGGCAAAGCUACAGGAGAAGAAGAUGAGCAACAUACUCUUCCCAAUUCUGGGCUUGGAGAAGUAUCUGAGCCCCAACGUGGACAAGAAGCACUUUAGACUGUUUGACCCCAGCCUCGAGCAGAUGGCUAAAGCGGAAGAAUUGUUCCGGCCGUCUGAUAAGCACCAGAUAGACUAUGUCACCUCUGCCAUCAGGAUGGACCAUGCGCCCGGCCUCACCCAGCCUGAGGUUUGUUUCAUAGGGAGAAGCAACGUCGGUAAAUCCUCCUUAAUAAAGGCCUUGUUUUCCCUUGUUCCGGGGAUUGAAGUGCGAGUGUCCAAAACCCCAGGUCACACCAAGAAGAUGAACUUUUUCAAAGUAGGCAGAGCAUUCACCCUAGUGGACAUGCCAGGCUACGGGUACAAAGCUCCGGAGGACUUUGCGGACAUGGUGGAACCGUACCUUCAAGUGAGGAACAAUUUAAAGAGGACAUUUUUGCUGGUGGACAGUUCCAUUGGUUUUCAGAAAGCAGAUCUCGUUGCGGUGGAAAUGUGUGAGGAAUUUGGGAUUCCUUAUGUCAUUGUAGCCACCAAGAUAGACCGGCCGCCUACAGGAGUUCUGCUGACACAGUACCUGGAGAUCCAGGAGUUCAUAGAGAAGCAGACACAGGGGUGCUACCCACAGCCAUUCCUAGUCAGCUCAGUGCAGUUCUCUGGAAUCCACCUGCUCCGAUGUUUCAUCGCUCACGUGACAGGGAACCAUCCCAGAUAACGGAACCUUUAUCAUACGCGUGGAACUCCCAAGUGCGCAGUGGCCUCAUUUACUAGCACUGUUAGCUGUCCUAAUAUUUCUAUGAAAUAACAAAAGCCAAUCUGAUUGGUUGUUACCAGUUAAAUGCACAAGGGCUGUAUUUCCCAGGGAUAGUAGGUGAACCACCUGUAAGGUUGAAGACACACAGAGCUACUUAGUAGCAGCUACUUGUCACGGCUACUAAACACCAGAAAAUCCCCUGCCAU